AUGUCUUGCCGAACGUGCUUGGUACUGGUGGCUUUGGCCUUGACGGCCUUGACCAGUGCAGAGGACGCAACUGGUCAUUCCCCUGAGCUGACUGAGUUGCCAGAUGAGAGGGGCUUGCCAGACACUCCAGGGCCAUACAAAGAAGCGCCAAGUGACGCUGAUGCCGAAAAGCCUGCGCAUGCCAUGCCAGCUUGGAGGUCCAAGGUUCCUAAUGCCACCCAGGGUAGCCUUGGCAGCUUGGUGUCUUUGAAAGCUUGGCAGGACUAUCAGUUCUGCAACGUUCACAAGACAGGUUUCUUCUGCGAUGGCACCACUCGCAUUCGCUGCUGCAAGUUGGAGGAUGGCUAUGCCAAAUGCGGUUCAACUGCAAACUCAGGCACUUGUGCAGCCGAGAAGCCUGACUUAUCCAAGCUGAAAAGCCUUGGGUUCUAUAAAACAAGACAGGCAAGCAGCUUUUGCCAGAGACAGCUUCACGUCGGCACCUAUUGCUACAAGCACCGCUACGUCUACUGCUGCAACUAUGGAGCGGGAGUUGUAGAAUGCCAACCUCAACACCAGAGUGGCCGCUGGUGCAUGGAUGUGUUUCUCUAA